AUGACACCAGCUGCUGUCAAAUGGAGUCUUCAAGAACUCAGCGCGAAGCUUCAUCAUCUAAAGAACAACCAGAUAAAGAUAAAAAGCACUAAAGCUCAAGAGCCAGAUGAUGAUUCUGAAGAAGAGAAUGAAGAGAAUGAUGAUGAUUCUGAAGAAGAGAAUGAAGAGGAGGAUGAUGGUGCUGAAGAAGUGAAUGAAGAGCAUGAUGAUGAUGCUGGUGAAGAAGUGAGUGAAGACAAGGAUGAUGCUGCUGAAGAGGUGAAUGAAGAGCAUGGUGAUGCUGCUGAAGAAGAAAAUGAAGAGGAGGAGGAUGCUGAAGUGAAUGGAGACCAUGAUGAUGCUGCUGAACAUCAAGUCCAGCAACACCACCAGGUACAAGAAGACCUCCAAAAUGAAAUCCCAGAAUACCGGAAUUCAACGUUGUUUGAGGAAAUUGUUAGAUCAGUACCAGAAUACAAGGAGGAUGAAAUACAGCUUACAAAAGAGUAUAUGAUGGCGAUCAAUAAUGCUGCUGAAUAUUGGACGAAGAAAGGAGAGCAUCAAAAGAUCCGUGAUGCAAUAGCAUCUUGCAUUAAAAAGAAUAAAUUGAUUCAGAUGCUGUACAAUGAAAAAGAAGAAUUAUUGAAGCAUCAGCAGCAACUGCAGAAGAUGGUUAAGGAAGCAGCACAUCACAAGAAAGUCAUACAAUUAGAUGUUCAUCAGGAAAAAUCCUACAUGACAAAGCUGCAGCUAGAAAAUGAUCAACUUCUUGCAGAGAAGAUUUCCUACUUGGACAUUAUUAAUGAAAAGGAAGCUGUUAUUGUCUCGUUGAGAGAUCAAAAAUUAGCGCAAGAACUGCAGAGUGAAGAGGAUAAAGAAGAAAAGAAAGAAGGUGAAGCAGAAAAGAUAAAAUCAAGAAAAACCAGAUUCCUCAUUCCCUAA